ACCCACUCAUGCCUCCAAGGCUCAAAGGGCUACAUAAGGAGUAGGGAACUAUAGGAAACUAUUCAUCAUGUUUCCACUUAGUCUCUUCAAAGACGCCCCUGUCCUGAUCCUUUCAAUCUACCUUUGUUCCCCACCUUUUAGCCAGAGUUAUCUGUUCAGAUUCCUUCCUUCUCCCACCCUUCUUCCCUCUGUCCUCCCCCCAUCCUGGCAGUGGUGGAGACAACAUCCAUGCCUCAUGGAAGAAAUCCCUAUCCCUGAAACCGGAGUCACCUGAGGACUCACCAAGACCAACGGGGACAGGCUUGUGCAGUGGUGACGAACAGCAGGAAGGCCCUCUGCAGCCGCUUCGCAGGCCUAAUCUGGGCAGCCAUCCCCCUGACUAGCUUUGUAAAAUGUCCUUUGUAGGGCUUGGCUCUAGAAUGGUGCAGACAGACAGACACACUGCCCCACAAAGACACCUACACCCAGUGCAGGGAUGCCAGGUGAACGAACAGAAAAGGGCUCCCUUUCAUCCAGCAGCCUUCUGAUUCCAGAGGAGUGUUUCCCAGCCAUGACCCACUGUUCCCCUGGCAACCGAGGCCUCAAAAUAAACAGGAUCCUUCUCAGCUGGGCUAGUAGUCCUCUGGGCUCAGGCAUUUGCCCCAAGACAAACCAUGUGCUGCAGGAACCCAGAGGUUCAGAGAGCCAGCUCCGGGCUGCCGGGGAAGCAGCCACAGCAAGGUGACGGUGACCAGGCAGUGACAGAGCACGGGACACCAAGUGGAUGCCGUUUCCUCUGGGAUAGCAUCAGCUUCCACACUUUUCGGUCCUGAAAGCACCACAAUAAGCCGCUGCGAGCCAUGGCUGAAGGAGAAAUCACAACCUUCACAGCCCUGACUGAGAAGUUUAAUCUGCCUCCAGGGAAUUACAAGAAGCCCAAACUGCUCUACUGCAGCAACGGUGGCCACUUCCUGAGGAUCCUUCCAGAUGGCACAGUGGAUGGGACGAGGGACAGGAGCGACCAGCACAUUCAGCUGCAGCUCAGUGCGGAAGGUGUGGGGGAGGUGUAUAUAAAGAGCACGGAGACCGGCCAAUACUUGGCUAUGGACACCGCCGGGCUCCUGUACGGCUCGCAGACAGCAAGUGAGGAAUGCUUGUUCCUGGAAAGGCUGGAGGAAAACCAUUACAACACCUACAUAUCCAAGAAGCACGCGGAGAAGAAUUGGUUUGUUGGCCUCAAGAAGAACGGAAGCUGCAAACGUGGCCCUCGGACUCACUAUGGCCAGAAAGCAAUCUUGUUCCUCCCCUUGCCAGUCUCCUCUGAUUAGAGAAAUCCGUUCUGGGUGCCAACCACUCCAGAGGAGACUUGAGGGAUCCUCACCUGGUAGACCCCCAAAUGCUCCCCUGACCAUUGGCUGCGCUAACUCCCAGCCCACAGAGCCUGAAUCUGUAAGCAGUGCACGUCUAAAUGCCCAGUUCACUUUUUCCGCAGAGCCCUUUACCCUGGCACAGUUGGGACAGAAGGACCAAAUCGCCUGUAGGGGCCAACUGGCCAGGUCCAGUCUGGGUGUGGGUGUCCGCUGCCUCGGGGCGCCUGCUGCAGGCUGAGCCUCUCAAUGCAAAGGCAGGGCCGAGGGAAGCGUUACGGGUCUGCUGAGUGGGUCGCCAUUAACCCUAAUACAGCCUGCUACUGAGUAAACCCUGGCUGGAGUCCCCCCAACAUCUAGGCUGACUGCCUUUUUCCCUUUCAGCGUUCCACAAAUAUUAGCAGAGAAGCUGACUGCGAGGUUAGAGGAAAGCGGUGUUCCAUGGCGAAAUAAGCACAGAGAAAUCGAGCACGGAAGGGAUUUGAAAUGAAAGGGGAGAUGGCAUUCUGGUGAACAUCUUAGAAGGCUGGGUCCCAGUACAGGAUAACUGCACAUGGGCAGCUGGGCCACAGGAACACAGCCUGAAAGCCAUGCCACUGGCCUUCCCAAGGCUGCGCGCAGCAUCGGGGAGGCCUCUGGGGUCUGGGAAGAGCACUAGAAGUGGUUUCUCCAUAAAAGCAAUGACAUGGAGCUUGGGAAGUUCAUCUGAGUCCAGGUAGGAGGAGUAGAGAGGGGAUGAGGGGACUCUGUCCUCUACAAGGGAUGACUUUAGAUGCAAGCACUGAGAAGGCGACACCCUGGCUUGUGCUCAGCCACCAGGAAGCAGAGGUCUCAGGGUCCUCCAGGGCACUCACAGGCCACCUGCCGGGUGGCUUGGGCACAGCUGCUAUGCUUCCAAAGCCUCCCAGGUUCUGUAGCUGCUGUUGCUGCUUUUCCCCACCAUCCUGUAAGGAGCAGAUCUUAAAGAAAAUUAUUCAAAUAAAGGAGGCUAAAUCCCUGACCCUCACCAGCCUCUGCCUCAUCGUAC